AUGUCCAUCUUACCUCAGCACCACCACAUCAUCCACCAUGCUGCUGCCUUAGGCCGCCAACACCACCACCAUCACAACCACCGUGUCUAUUGCACUUCAACAACUCGAAUAAAGACUAGGCCGAAACUCGAACCACUUGUCAUCAACACAACACCACUCGUUACAGUUACUCCACCCAAAAUCGAUGACCCAAGCCUCAAAUCGACUUGGGCUCACCGUGCAUGGGUGGCCACCGGUUGCACAACAGUACUCAUUUCUCUAGCCAAUUCCAUCAUCGGAUCAAUCGACUCACACAUAUGGCUCGAACCCAUCUUGUCUGGAUUCAUCGGAUACUUGUUUGCAGACCUUGGAUCCGGUGUAUACCAUUGGGGCAUUGAUAAUUAUGGAGAUGCCUCAACUCCAAUGUUUGGUUCGCAAAUUGACGCGUUUCAAGGCCACCAUAAAUGGCCCUGGACAAUUACCAAACGUGAGUUUGCGAAUAACUUACAUGCGUUAGCGCGUGUUAUAACGUAUACAGUGCUACCGAUUGAUUUGAUCGGUCAUGAUCAACCGGUGGUGAUGGGGUUUGUGGGGAUGGCUAGUGGAUGCAUCAUGUUUAGCCAGUUGUUCCAUUCUUGGGCUCAUGGAACUAAAAGCAAGCUGCCGCCAGUAGUGGUGGUGCUGCAAGAUGCGGGAGUGUUGGUAUCCCGAUCACAACACGCCGCCCACCACCGGCCACCUUAUAACAACAAUUACUGCAUUGUGAGUGGGGUUUGGAACAAGAUUUUGGAUGAGCAUAAGGUGUUUGAGGCGCUGGAAAUGGUGGUGUUCUUCAAGCUUGGUCUCCGGCCACGGUCAUGGAGUGAACCGAACUCUGAUUGGACGGAGGAGGCAGAGACUUUUUCUACGACUUCUCUGCCAUAA